GGCCGCUGGGCGUCUCGAUCCAUCCUGGUGGCAUCGUGCGUCAAGCAUCGGGGUGCUCUGCGCCACACUCUGGCCCCGAGACGGCGACGGAAUCGGUCCGUAGUUUUUGGAUCAGGCAGUUCUGGCUGAAGAAUUUGUCCAGCCCUCGUCGCCCAGCCCACGCCACUCUGCCCUUGUCGAGUCGCGUCGAGAUGGCGGCGGGUCUCGUGCUCCUCGUCCUCGCGGGUGGCUGCUUCUGGGCAGCCCCUGCGGGCGAGUGCACCCCGCACACGCUGGACUUCAUUGUGCUGGAGGGCGAUCCGCUCAUGGCCCAGAUCGAGGACGACGUCGUGGCGGACCUGGCGAAAAUGGGCGUGACAGUGAACACCAGGUUCCUGCCGAAGGAGGAGUUCAAUGCGGCAAUGCAGGCGGGAGACUUCAACCUGUGCUUCACCGAGUCCUGGGGUCCCCCCUACGACCCGCAGAGCUUCGCCACCGGCUGGUUCCGGCCCGAGAACGAGGCGCACUACGCCGCCAUGCAGCAGAUGGAACCCCCCAUGACGAUGAGCCAGAUGGAGACGCUGGUCACAGACGUGCUCUCCGUUGAGAGCGCCGUGGAACGACAGGAGAAGUGGACCGAGAUCCUGCUCGAGAUGCACCGGCAGGCCAUCUCCAACCCGAUGUGGUCGCGCCGCGUGCCAGCCGUGUGGAACAGGCGCUUGCAGGGCUACACGUCUGGCCCCCAGCAGUACGACUACCCGAUGCACAACUUCAUCGUUGAUUCUGGCUCCACCACGGUCACUGUGGCUCCUGGCGCGCAGACGGGCCUCUUCGUGACCACGGGCCCAAUGGACCCGCAUAGCUACCGCCCAAACGAGUUUUUCAUCAGCAACUGGAUAUGAAAGACGGCCUCGUAUCCUACGGCCACGACGGUGUCAUCGAGCCUCAGCUGGCUACCGCAUGGGCGGCUUCAGACACCAGCUCGGGGGGCCAAAAGUAUCGCUUUACACUCAGGACUGGCGUCCAGUUCCAUGACGGUACCAGCUUCAACUGCGCAGCUGUGAAGAUGAAUUUUGAUCACGUCUUGCAGCCGCCGCUGAACCACAACUGGUACCACGGCUGGUAUCACCUGGCACUCCACACCACCGGUUGGGAGUGCGAUGGCGAGGUUUUCGAGAUCACGCUGGACGCCCCAUACUACCCUUUCCUGCAGGAGCUCUCCCUGAUUCGCCCCCUGCGCAUUCUGUCCCCAGAGAGCUUCGCCAAUGGUCCAACCACCGACCCGAUCACGCACAACUCGUGUCCCACGAGGUGGGGCCACAUCAACGGCGAUGGCAGUAUGGUGGACGUUGGCGUGGACGCGAGCGUGACGGUGAAUUGUGUCGGCGUGAGGGGCGUCGCGGGCACCGGCCCUUGGGUCUUCUCGAAUGUGACCAAGCGUUCCGACGAUUCUAUCGAGGAGGUAGCCUUCACCAGGAACGCAGCCUGGUGGGGCCAGCACGGCGGCGUGGAGGAGCUCCACGUGGUGAACUACGACUCGAGCGAUGCGAUCAAGCAGGCACUGAUCGAUGGGACCCUGGACGUGGCGGUGGGCGACAAGGUGCUGACCCCGGAGCAGGUGCAGGAGUUCCAGAAUGACCACUCCGAGACCCACAGCACCAUCUUGGGCCCGCGCUUGUACAACCAGAUCAUCGUCAUGAACGCCGCGAAGGAGCCAACGGACGACAUCGAGGUGCGGAGGCUGAUCAUGCACUCCGUCGACAAGGCCGCCAUCGUGCAGAAGGAGCUGCACGGGCAAGCCGCCGUCGCCGACUCGCUGUUCCCCCGCGACGCCCCGUACUGUGAUAUCGACCUCACGCCCCGCUGGGACUACGACUUCGAGAAGGCCACGCUGAUGAACUGCCCAGACCUCCCGGCGUCGGGCGAGGACGGCGUGGACGAGGCCCUGGUCCUUGGCCUGUCGCUGGGCAUCGGGCUCCCGGUGCUUGCCGGCAUCGCCGGCGCGGUCUGCUUCUUCGCGGGGAGGAAGGUGGGCUACAAGGAGUUCAGCGAAGAGAACGAUCAACGGGUCCGAGCGGGCCCGCCCGCCGUUGUCGGCGUGGCCGAGGAAGGCCACAACGCUGCUUAGCUGGGUCUCGUCACUGGGACGUUGGCAUCAAGUGCCGUUUCAGGAGGCCAGGCGCAGAGGGCAGAACGCAUGCAUGAUCUUGACAGUUGGUAGAUCGAGCGGCCUUUCCAGGCAGCGUUGCCGCUGCAGUUUUGUUUUGGCAGGAUGCCUCAAGCAGCAGAAUUUCAUCGAGGGGUGUUGUCGUGUAAAGUCAGUUUUUUUUACGUGGGCGCGUUGCUGUCCACGUUGUAGGGGAAUUUGGCACAUGUCAUGGCCGCAACCAGUGCAUGUGGCUCUGUGGCACUGCCCGACGUAGUGUACUUGGAGACCGCUUGCGUCGAUUAGUCGCGGGUGUACAGAUUCGGAUGCGCGGCGCAUGGCUAGAAGCCAUGACGCCGAGCGUCCGGAUUUUUUGCGCGUGGCUUGGCUGCGCGCGGAGGGGUCGAGUUUUGUUUGGCCAAGCUCUGAGCAACGCAGCAUGGGACACAUGGAGCCCCAUGCCAUCUUCCAACUAUGCCUGUGAUUUCUGGUGGAGUCGUCCAGGGCCUGCGAUCAUGGACGGCAGCCGAAUUCCGCACUCUGAUCCGGCCUCCUCCUCUCCACGCUCGCCUUCAUGCUGCCCCCCCCCCCCGUCUCCCGUCUCCUUACACCAGGCGUGCCUGUCUCUCUGCACUUGGCAGUGGCUGUACGGCUUUCCUCGCUGGCAUUAUGUGAAAAAGAGAGCAGAGACAGCGACGGCAUGGGCCUCCGACCAGCGGGACCUCUUUGCUUCUUGGGAUCCGAGGAGUUUGCGAACCCGCGAAGUCCACG